AUGCUUCCAGAUUUGGUGAUCUCAAUUGUCGCAAUUUUCGAAAGCCGUUUUUAUACAGUAUGUGAAUUCACUUGGAAGCCUUACUGGAAGCGUUGGCGUAGAAUCGGGAUUAUUUACUGUCACAUUAUUGUGAGCUGUUUAACACUGGCAUUCGGAUUCUUGGCUCCUGAUCAGGAAGCGGCGAAAAGAAAUAUGUUCGCGGUACGUCAGUCUAAACUCCCAUGCUUACCUCAAUACAUUUAUGAAGCCAAUAAUUUUGUCUUAUGUGAAGACUGUACUUAUCACUUACUAUGCCUCGUGGGGGUUGGUCUCAGUGCUUUUUUUAUGGGUAUCUCAUUUGCAUUUUUUCUGAUGUGGAACGCAGUAGCUCAACUAAAAAGUCGGACUAUGUCCCACAAGACUUUCCAACUCCAGAAAGCAUUUCUCAUAGCUUUAGGAGUUCAGGUAUUAGUGCCUAUAUGCUCGUUUGCAUUGCCUGCUAUAUAUUUAUGGAUUGCACUCAUGCUCUACUAUUACAAUCAAGCGUUUACCAAUUUCGCAGUGUGUUCAUUAUCAUUACAUGGGUUUUUGUCUUCGAUGGUUAUGACAUUAGUGCAUCGCCCUUAUCGAGAAACAUUGUUCAGUUUAUUCCCGAAGAAGAUGUCAGCUAGAUCAGAAGAAAAUCCUAUCAAAAGAUUAGCGCACAAGUACUUUGGAGACAAAAACAGACGAUUCUCGAAAAAAAAGUACGAAACUCAUCGGAAGAAUGAAAUUCAAGUCAAAUUUUCAACGCCAACUGCUUGGGGGAUAUUGCAUCGAACAGGCAUAGCCUCUUUUCUCGUAUUCGUCACGAUUCACAGCGACAUCUUCAAAUUUUUAAAAUCUGAUUCCCGAUUUUCUCAAUUUUCUAUACUUUUCCUGAUUUUAUUCAUUUUCAUGUAUAAAUGUUUUUUCAAAUAA